AUGGGCCAGGCUGUACAGCCCGGCAAAAUCGUUAUGCUGGAUUCACCUUUGCCAAGCAAAUGGAAAAUUGUCGAAGUCCUCAAUGAACAUGAAUCCCGGUACCAAAAAGAUGAAAAAUCAAUUUCUUACGCCUCCCUGAAGCUCCGUUGCACCAGGGUCCUCAAAAAGUCCCAAGAGGCCAUGAUCAGAGUCAUUAUCCAAAUUUCACACAAGUAUACGGAACUUGAGGACGCUACAACUCGUGCAAAGCAAGCAAAACCCUUCACACCUUUGGAGCUCACGGCAUACAAGACCCUGGCCGAUAAUCAUUCAGCAAUCACUCCCCAACUCCUUGGAUAUAAAGAAGGGCGUCAGGAGCCCUCAGGUAUCAUCCCUGGAGGAUUUAUCACAUGGAUUGCUUGGGCUGUUAUCCCUGGAUUUCAACUUUCUGAUGGCUCUUCAAGUUCUGCGAAAAUUUACGAGAUGGGUAUGCAUUGCGAGCCCUUUGGAAACCAGAAUCUUCUCUGGUACCCAAAGAUCAUGAAACUGUCAUGGGUCGGAUUUCGGGAAUGGAGAAAGUUUGAGAAGCCACUGCUCUGGCACGACAUCUGGUACGUUAUUUUUGAUCUUAUGAAACUGGAAGAACUGGGUCCGGAAUGGUUACUGCAAGUUACUGCAAGACUGUAG